AAACAGUCUUAACAACUCUGCUUAUUUUUUCAUUCAUAGAAUCAUUUUCAGAGAAAAAUCCUAUAGGAAUAGAACUAUAGAAAUAGAACACCAAAAAUCAUGCCGAACUUCAACGGUGCCAUCAUUGUGCACACCCUGCAACUGCUGAAGAUACCGGCCACAGUGCGUCAGAUCGUGAAUACCAUAUCGAACCACACCGAUCUGCCGGAGGAGGACAUCAAGAAGCCCGUGAAGCAGACCCUCGAAAUGGGCACACGCUUGGGUUUCCUGCAGAAAAUGGACGGUCGCUACUACCUGGUGCCGAUGACCUUUGAGAACCUGAUGAGCGAAAUGAAAGAGCUCGAUUUGAAAGCCAAGACCGAGGCGCAGCGGCCAGUCCGCAAGGCUAAAAAGGAAAAGAAGGUAACCAAAACCAAAUCAGAGGGAAAGACCACCAAGAAACAGAUCAAGAAACCGGCUGAGGAAUCCCAAACCUCUACCAUCACCAUGGUGCCCUCUGAACUGAAAAUGAGCUCCAAGCCCAAGGCUGUCAAGUAGUCGAGGACCUCUAGAACAAACCCAAAUAGAACCCUCUGUAAACCCACCUGAAAGAACAUAACUUAAAGACCCCACAAUUGAACCAAAAGAGACCGCACUUC